UGGCUCACGUAAUAGACACGCACGAGAUCAGCAGCAGCUCAGCUGUCAGAGAGCUGAAGCUGUUCAAUCAACAAGCCCGGAAUAACGCAGAACACGCAUUAAACUCCAUAUUUCAUUUCAUUUAUCACAUCUCCUGUCAUGGAGCAAGCAAAGCAGGACGCCUUUGAUAACGCCAGGCUGCAGGUGAUCAAAGAUGGGUAUGAGAAGGCAUUCACAUACAUCAAUAAAGCUCUCACAGAGGAUGAGGCGGGCCAUAGUGCAGAGGCGCUAAAACUGUACCAACAAGGGCGGCAGCACCUACUCCGGGCUCUCAGUGUUCCCUCACAGGGUAUGGAGUGUGUGGGUCCCUCCUGGGAAUCAGCUAGACAGAUGCAGCGCAAGAUGCAGGAGACUCUCAACAACAUCACUACUCGCCUAGCCAUGCUGGAAACCAGCCCAGACCUCAACGAAGUCUCGGAUAGCAGUGCAGCCCCUCAGAAACUCUAUCCUGAAAUCCCGAAGGUCAAGCCGGAGAGGCCGACUCCACCACAGAUGCUUUCUUCCAACGGCGGGGUUGCAGGGGCUUCGGGUGGGCCAGUUCCGGUCUCUCCCUCAGUGCAGCCCAAUAUGUUAAGCGACCAGCCUCCUGCAUACACCCCUCAAGCCGCUGACGGACACCUGACCAUCUCCUAUGGCACCGACUCAGGCGAACUCUCCCUGGUUGGCGAUGAGUUCUACAGUAGUUCGUCUAAUUCUGCACCUUCUCCUCAGUGUCUGGGGGAGGAUGGAGAGGAACUCUUUUUCCUACCUCAAGGGGUGCAAAUCUUCUUCGUUACACCUGAGGGGCAAGUCAGUGCUCCCUCUUAUCCAGGGUACCUGCGCAUCGUGAAGUUCACCAGUGAGCGAUCAGAAAGGAUUCCAAACAGGCCACCCGCCUUCCUGCAGGUUUGUGACUGGCUUUACCCCUUGAUGGCCUCUGACUCCCCAGUCCUGCUGUGCAGCACGGGGGUCUACAUGUUCCCUGACAUGAUGGCUCCCACCCCGGGCUCGUAUGUUGGGGUUGUCCUUUCUUCCGAGCUUCCCCAGAAGGAACGUGAACACUUCCAGAGUGUUCUUUCUCAGCUGACUGACCUGCGUGUCCAGGUGAGCUGUCCCUGUGUCCCCUCAGGUCCCACCUCAGAAACACAGGGGUCAGCUGUGGCUUCAGAGCAGGCAUCAGAUGGCGCAACCGAUACCAUUAACCUGGGUCAGAAGGUGCCAAUGGGGCCUCCUGCAGCUGAAGCAGCACCCCCUGCUGCUGAGGAGGAGAAGGUACUUCCUGAAUGGAGCGAGAAGGUGGCUCAAGGGAUCCUGACUGGGGCUUCAUGGCUGAGCUGGGGGUUGGUGAAAGGGGCUGAGUACACGGGGAAAGCCAUACAUAAAGGUGCAUCUAAACUACGAGAGCACAUCACACCAGAGGACAAACCAGCCCAAGUCAGCCCCACGGUAACCAAAAGCCUUCAUGUGGCCAAACAGGCCACAGGAGGAGCAGUGAAGGUCAGCCAGUUCCUUGUGGAUGGACUGUGCACAGUCGCUGGACAUGUUGGCAGAGAGUUGGCACCCCAUGUGAAGAAACACGGAGGGAAGCUUAUCCCAGAGUCUCUGAAGAAAGACAAGGAUGGACGCUCCAAUAUCGAUGGUGCCAUGGUGGUUGCAGCAAGUGGAGUUCAAGGAUUUGCAACAAUGUGGACAGGGUUGGAGGCUGCAGCAAAGAACAUUGCAAAGAGUGUUGCUUCAGAAACGGUUACCACGGUAAAACAUAAGUAUGGGGCGGAAGCGGGCCAGGCCACAGAUCACGCUGUCAACUCGGCCAUCAAUGUGGGCGUCACCGCGUUCAAUAUCGACAACCUGGGGAUCAAGGCAAUGGUCAAGAAGACUGGCAAAGAGACUGCCCAUGCCAUCCUGGCAGACUAUAAAGUCCAAGAGCCGAGCACUCAAGUUGAGAAACAUAAAGACCAAAAGUAGAAUUUAGAUUCAGAUCUCUCGUUUCAGGUGUCCAUAUUUAAGAGCAAACCAAAUGACUGAAGAAGUGGGUGGAUCCUUGUCCGGUUUUUCAAUGAAUGCUGUUGUUAUUUGUUUAUGUGACUGACACUGAACUCCAAAGACUUUCCUAGAGUUAAUCUUGCUGUCAUGUUUACUAUUUUCACUGUGCCAUGGGGGAAAUGGUAAAUGCAUUUUAAAAAUUCUCUUUACAAGUUGACUGACAGCCCUGCCGGACAGUUUUCCUGAUCUUGCCUUACACUUCACCAGCAAUUUACGCAACCAAACAUAUCACCAAUGAUUUUACUCAUAUUAAAUCUUCAGUAGUUUUGCAUGGCUUGUGUCUUUCAAAUGGACCCUGAAAACAAAGUACAAGCCAAAGGUGGACUUUACAGUUUUCCCAUAGAGCCUUAAAAAAUAUGAUCUUAUAUUUAAAAAUACAUAUAUCUAAAGCUUUAAUUUAAAUAUAUUCUAAGAGUGCUUUAUGAUAGCUGUUUUAUAUGCAGACUUGUUUGCUUUUGGUACUACAGGAUUUUUUUUUAUGUUUUAAAAAGCACUUUAACCCCUGCUAGGAACAGACAUUGAAAUUUCUUGCAGAUGACGGGUUCUAGGUUUUUUUUGUGUAUAAAAAUAUAAUUGCACUUGCAGUUGGAAUAUGAUACGGUGGUCAGAUAUCAGAAAUCUGUUUAUUCAGAAGGCAGAAAAAUCUAACUUUUUUGGAAAUGUUUAAAACGAUAGGAUUUUAAAGUUUAAAAUAUAUAUUUUAUCAUAUUAAUGGUAUAAUAUAAUAAUAUUUUAAGUGAAAGAGGCUUAUAUUUAAUAUUAACUGAAUUAAACUAUAAAAUGCCGUAUAUUUGAAGUCACUCAUAAAACAUCUCUCUGCAGUUUUAUUUCCCCAUGAAAACUGUUGACAAUGGCUGCACUUUUUCUUAAAACUUGACUACUGACCAUGUUUCUAUAGAUUAUAUAUAUAUAUAUAUAUAAACUUGAAGUUCCAUAACACUUCACUGUAAACGUAAAAAAGAGUUGUUAAUUCUUUGUGUCUGUUUUGAUGCAAUAUAUGUCUCAUUUGAAUGUAUGGACCGCAUAAGUAAGCAUCAAGUUUAACCACAAGUCAAUAGGUUUGUUCAGUGACAAAUAAUGUAAUAGCCUGUGGUUAUCUGACUUAAUAAAUUAAACAUUUAAAACAUUGUUUUUGUGUGUACCCUAAUUUAGAGAUCGUUUGUUUGUUGAAUUAAUGCGUUCAUUAAACCUAGCCAAGGCACUAAAGGCGAGGUUGUUCAAAGUGCCAUGAAUCAGUUGCAUUUAACUUCAUUUUAUUGCAUUACAGAUGAACAAAAUAUUAUUUUCCGUAGAAAUACUUUGUUGGCCUUCCUGCGAACAUUGAUCUGAAUAAUAGUCUACUUUUUUUCCCUAUGCGUUGAAGUUUGUGUAUGCUGCCCUCUGGUGUCGUAAUUUUUAAUAAACACUGGAAGAAUAUAUGCAACUACAAAACUGUUCUUGUUAUGGCUGGUACUAAAUGUAGGCCUUUGUGUAAAUUAACUUUCUUUACCCAUAUUUACAUCUGCAGUAAACGUGAUGUGUAGGUUUUGACUUAAUUUGUACAGAUUGAUAUUUUAAAUGUGGUAAUUUAAACAUCUCAAAUCUUUAUUUUUAUUUUGUAAAUAACUGGAAUCAAGCAGUCCUAGUUUGACUUUCAAAAAACGAACUAAUAGAAAUAUACUAAUAGUAAGUUUUACUUACUAUUGACUGCUGAGCGAAUCAUUGACCCUCCCCACUCUCCAAGAACUGUUGUAAUCCAGAGUGAGCAUAAGGGCUGGCAAAAUCACUCUGGACCACAUCCACAUCCACAUCCAACACACUUCCUCUUUGAACUGCUGCCGUCUGGUCGACGCUACAGAGCUCUGAGCACCAGAACGGCCAGACACAGGAACAGUUUCUUCCCUCAGGCAAUCCAUCUCAUGAACACUUGACAAUAAACGUGGAACACACAACACUCUUUAUACACUUAAUUAUCUAACACACUUCUUAGACUACAUUUCGAAUUUGCACAUAUUAUACCUGUACAUACAAAACUGUCUUGUAAUAUACCUGUACAUACAAUUGUCAAUUUGUGUAUUGUUA